AUGCGUUACCAAGAGGAUCCGCAGGGACAUCUGCGACACCAAGAGCCUCCGCAGGAGACAGCUGCGAAAUCAAGGCCCCCUAGCAAUGUGCAAGCACCUCUGCGUGGUGCUAGGGACCAGUAUUCAUCUCCCCUGGGGACUGCAACUCCCAUGGGGACUGAAGAAGCCAAGACUUGCACAGUAGAUAGACUAAAGCAUGAGUCAUAG